UAUCCCGCCCCCGCCGCCAUUUUCCAUGUUAUUCUCUGUUAGCAUGCAUUCUUUCAUUAUUUUUCAUAUGUAACAGUUAUUCUAUUGUUCCUACUUUCUCGUGUUGUUUUGUUAAGUGUGUGGGGAGACACUAUUCUCCACGUUUUAUCCAGGAGACGCCCUGUUUAGACAGCCAUGUAUAUUAAACAGGUCAUCAUCCAGGGGUUCAGAAGUUAUAGGGAUCAAACUGUUGUGGAUCCCUUUAGUCCCAAGCACAAUGUGAUCGUUGGCAGAAAUGGGUCUGGAAAAAGUAACUUUUUCUAUGCUAUCCAGUUUGUGCUCAGUGAUGAAUUCAGCCACCUGCGACCUGAACAGCGCCUGGCCCUGCUUCAUGAAGGAACUGGUCCCCGUGUCAUUUCUGCUUUUGUGGAGAUCAUUUUUGAUAACUCUGAUAACCGGCUGCCGAUCGACAAAGAGGAGGUCUCCCUUCGCCGUGUUAUUGGUGCAAAGAAGGACCAGUACUUCUUGGACAAGAAGAUGGUGACCAAGAAUGACGUCAUGAACCUUCUGGAGAGUGCCGGCUUCUCUCGCAGUAACCCAUACUACAUUGUCAAGCAGGGAAAGAUCAACCAAAUGGCCACAGCACCUGAUUCUCAGCGCCUGAAACUUCUGCGAGAGGUGGCAGGAACACGGGUGUACGAUGAACGGAAGGAGGAGAGUAUUUCUCUCAUGAAGGAGACGGAGGGGAAACGAGAGAAGAUCAAUGAACUGUUGAAGUACAUCGAGGAGCGUCUGCACACCCUGGAAGAUGAGAAGGAGGAGCUGGCUCAGUACCAGAAGUGGGACAAGAUGAGGAGAGCUCUGGAGUACACUAUUUACAACCAGGAGCUUAACGAAACUCGUGCCAAACUAGAUGAGCUGUCCAGUAAGAGAGAGACCUGUGGAGACAAAUCCAGACAGCUGCGUGAUGCUCAGCAAGAUGCCCGGGACAAAGUGGAGGAGACUGAGCGCGUUGUGCGCGAGCUGAAGUCCAAGGUCUCUGCUAUGAGGGAGGAGAAAGAGCAACUGUCGGCCGAGCGCCAGGAGCAGAUCAAGCAGAGGACCAAGCUCGAGUUGAAGGCCAAGGACCUGCAGGAUGAGCUGGCAGGCAACAGUGAACAGAGGAAACGCUUGCUGAAGGAGCGUCAGAAGCUGCUGGAGAAGAUUGAGGAGAAACAAAAGGAGCUCCAGGAGACUGAACCCAAAUUCAACAUGGUGAAGGAAAAGGAGGAGCGGGGCAUCUCUAGACUGGCCCAAGCCACCCAAGAGAGGACUGACUUGUAUGCGAAGCAGGGCCGUGGCAGUCAGUUUACCUCCAAGGAGGAGAGGGACAAGUGGAUCAAGAAGGAGUUGAAGUCCUUGGACCAGGCCAUUAAUGACAAAAAGAGGCAGAUUGCAGCCAUCCACAAAGACCUGGAGGACACUGAAAUGAAUAAGGAGAAGAACCUCGAGCAGUACAGUAAACUUGAUCAAGAUUUAAAUGAGGUGAAGACCCGUGUGGAGGAGCUGGACAAAAAGUACUAUGAAGUGAAGAACAAGAAAGAUGAACUCCAAAGUGAAAGAAACUACCUGUGGCGUGAGGAGAACGCAGAGCAACAGGCCCUGGCAGCCAAGCGAGAGGACCUAGAGAAGAAGCAGCAGCUCCUCCGAGCGGCUACAGGCAAGGCCAUUCUGAAUGGUAUCGACAGCAUAAACAAAGUUCUGGAGCAUUUCAGGAGGAAGGGGAUCAACCAGCAUGUCAUCAACGGUUACCAUGGCAUUGUCAUGAACAAUUUUGAGUGUGAACCAGCUUUUUACACCUGCGUGGAAGUGACAGCAGGGACUAGACUGUUUUACCACAUUGUGGAAACUGAUGAAGUGAGCACAAAAAUCCUGAUGGAGUUCAACAAAAUGAACUUACCCGGGGAAGUGACGUUCCUUCCACUUAGCAAGUUGGACGUCAGGGACACCGCCUACCCAGAAACAAAUGAUGCCAUCCCUAUGAUCAGUAAGCUGCGCUACAGUCCAAACUUUGACAAGGCCUUUAAGCACGUGUUUGGAAAGACACUGAUUUGUCGUAGCAUGGAGGUUUCCACCCAGCUGGCUCGAGCUUUCACCAUGGAUUGUAUAACCCUGGAGGGGGACCAGGUAAGCCACAGAGGAGCUCUGACAGGAGGCUACUAUGACACAAGAAAGUCUCGCCUGGAGCUACAGAAAGACAUGAGGAAGGCUGAAGAGGAGCUGGCUGAGCUGGAGGCCAAGCUCAAUGAGAACCUGCGAAGGAACAUCGAACGUAUCAACAACGAGAUCGACCAGCUGAUGAACCAGAUGCAGCAGAUCGAGACACAGCAGAGGAAGUUUAAGGCCUCCAGGGAUAGUAUUCUGUCAGAGAUGAAGAUGCUGAAGGAGAAGAGGCAGCAGUCUGAGAAGACCUUCAUGCCCAAGCAACGUAGUCUCCAAAGUUUGGAGGCCAGCCUCCAUGCCAUGGAGUCAACCAGGGAGUCGCUGAAGGCCGAGCUUGGCACUGAUCUGCUCUCUCAGCUCAGCCUGGAGGACCAGAGACGCGUUGAUGACCUCAACGACGAGAUCCGUCAGUUACAGCAGGACAACAGGCAGCUGUUAAAUGAGAGGAUCAAGCUGGAGGGAAUCAUGACCAGAGUGGAAACAUAUCUCAAUGAGAACUUACGUAAACGUCUCGAUCAAGUCGAGCAGGAGCUGAAUGAGCUGCGUGAGACCGAGGGCGGCACGGUGCUCACAGCAACGACGUCUGAACUGGACGGCAUCAACAAACGAGUAAAAGAGACUUUGGCUCGAUCAGAUGAUCUGGAUGGUCUCGUUGACAAGACCGAAGCAGAGAUCAAGGAGCACAUAAAGAGCAUGGAGCGGUGGAAGAACAUCGAGAAGGAGCAGAAUGACGCCAUCAACCAUGACACCAAGGAGCUGGAGAAAAUGACCAACAGGCAGGGCAUGCUGCUGAAGAAGAAGGAGGAGUGCAUGAAGAAAAUCAGAGAACUGGGCUCCUUGCCUCAGGAGGCCUUUGAGAAGUACCAGACCCUGACCCUCAAACAGCUGUUCAGGAAGCUGGAGCAGUGCAACACGGAGCUGAAGAAGUACAGCCAUGUCAACAAGAAGGCCCUGGAUCAGUUUGUCAACUUCUCCGAGCAGAAGGAGAAAUUAAUCAAGCGUCAGGACGAGCUCGACCGCGGCUACAAAUCCAUCAUGGAGCUGAUGAAUGUGUUGGAGCUGCGCAAGUACGAGGCCAUCCAGCUCACCUUUAAGCAGGUGUCGAAGAACUUCAGUGAGGUUUUCCAGAAACUUGUUCCAGGAGGCAAAGCUACACUGGUGAUGAAGAAGGGCGACGCUGAAGGCAGCCAGUCCCAGGAUGAGGGAGAGGGGGGAGCAGACAGCGAGAGGGGUUCUGGCUCCCAGAGCAGCGUUCCCUCAGUGGACCAGUUCACAGGAGUCGGCAUCAGAGUGUCGUUCACAGGAAAGCAGGGGGAGAUGAGGGAGAUGCAGCAACUGUCAGGAGGUCAGAAGUCCUUGGUCGCUCUGGCUCUGAUUUUUGCCAUCCAGAAGUGUGACCCGGCUCCUUUCUACCUGUUUGAUGAGAUCGACCAGGCCCUGGAUGCCCAGCACAGGAAGGCUGUCUCAGACAUGAUCGUGGAGCUGGCCGGGCACGCUCAGUUCAUCACCACCACCUUCAGGCCAGAGCUGCUCGAGUCUGCAGACAAGUUCUAUGGCGUCAAAUUCAGGAACAAGGUGAGUCACAUCGAUGUGAUCACGGCAGAGCAGGCCAAAGACUUUGUGGAGGACGACACCACCCAUGGUUAAUGCGCUCUUCGUCUUCAUCCUCCUCGUCCAUUCCUCCUCUGCCUCCAGAGAGCGCUGCUGAAAGCCUCCAACGCUGAGGGUCACAGACGAUAAUAAUCCACCAUGUCUGCGGACCAGUUUUCAUUCUUGGCUCUGUUGAAGAUAAAACUCACACUUGGAGUUUAGGUGUAUUUGAAAUGCAUAAACUGCUUAGUUUCCAUAAAAAUAUCCACCAGAGGGGGAAAUUAUGCUGUCAUGGAAAAAAGUUAAAAACAAAUAUUGAGUAGGGGACAUUUAAAUUAGUCAUAUUCCUGAACCCUGAUUCACACUGGAUCUACAACGUCCUAAAGUUUAGUUACUCUUGGAAAAAGGACUUCAAGAGAGCACUUCACAAGUUUGUGUUGCUGUGAUACAUUUUCAAACAUUUAAGCUAGAGUUGGGUCAACUUUGUGAUGCAGAUAGGGGGCAGAAAACCCGGGGAUCUGACCAGAAAACAGCUCCUCCUUUGUACAUAUGAAGCCCUUUUUGAUACGACUUGGGUUACGAUUGGUAAAACAUUGCUUUUUAAUGUUUGUAAGAAGUGUUCGGAGACAAUGGAGCAGGAGUUCGGUUUGCUUUUGUUGUCAGCCUUGAAAGAACUGCAUUCAAAUACAUUCAUAUUUUCUAAAGUUCCUGUAACUUACACUGCUUGUACUCUUGAAACAAUGAUUGUUAAAGUGUUUAAAGAUUGUUGUACGUUCCCCUGGUUGUUACUGUACUGUGUAACUUCUUGUUUUAGGUCAUUGUAAUAAAUGAAAGUUUAUAUUCCUCAACAUCUAAGUAUCCUGUCUGGACUCGAGUUGGAUUCCUGAGUCGGUGUCUAAGCAGAGAUGGAUAAACUAGCCUGUUAAUACGCACUAAGUCCAAGUUUUCAUUCAUAUUUAGUUUGGAAUCAAACUUCUCAUUAGUUGUCAUUUUCUCCCAAUUUGCCCCUUUUUUAUGUAAUUGGAAAAACUUGGCUUAUAAAAUGAAUAAAAGGUUUUAAAAUGGA